AUGAGACCGGAUGUUUUGUUAAAAAUAAAAGAAGAGGUCAAAAAGCAAUUCGACGCCGGUUUCUUACAAGUGGUCAAGUACUCAGAAUGGGUAGCCAACAUAGUCCCAGUUCUUAAGAAAGAUGGGAAGGUACAGAUGUGCGUGGACUAUCGGAACUUGAAUAAAGCCUGCCCCAAAGACAAUUUUUCAUUGCCUCACAUUGAUACACUAGUGGACAACACGGCAGGUUACUCACUUUUCUCCUUCAUGGACGGCUUUUCGGGAUAUAACCAGAUAAAAAUGCAUCCUGAAGACAUGGAAAAGACAACAUUUAUAACCAUGUGGGGAACGUUUUGUUAUAAAGUGAUGCCAUUUGGAUUAAAGAACGCAAGAGCAACAUAUCAGAGAACCAUGUGCCCUGUCUCGAUGCCACCUUGCCCGGAUAAACCACUGAUACUAUACUUGACAGUGUUUGAAAACUCCAUGGGAUGCGUGUUGGGCCAACAUGACGAGUCAGGAAGAAAAGAGAAAGCGAUAUAUUAUCUCAGCAAGAAAUUCACCGAAUAUCCUUUGAAGUAUGUGAUGGAGUCAAAUGCUUUGAACGGAAGAAUGGCUCGUUGGCAAAUUUUGCUUUCUGAGUUUGACAUAGUCUACGUGAACCAAAAGGCUGUAAAGGGGAGUGCAAUAGCAGAUUUUCUGGCUAGUAGAGCUUUAGAAGAUUAUGAACUAUUGAGUUUUGACUUCCCGAAUGAAGACCUAAUGUACGUUGCGACCACGGAAGAAGAUUCUCAAGAAGGUCACUGUGGAAACCGAAUUUUGACCAGCUUCAAAUGUCAGUGGAGUAACGGAAUCAGGCGAUCUUUGUAUCCCCAAACAGAGAUCAUUAUCCUUUCACCAAAGAAACUGGAUUUUGAUUGCACAAAUAAUAUGGCGAAUCUGAAGCAUGUAUCAUAG